GCAGGCCUAAGCUGUAACUGCAUACCAUACACUGCCUUGUUGAGUAUGUAUUUUAUUAUUUAUUAUUUAACUCUACAGGGCAGUCAAGUAUCUGAGGUUGUGUCCAGGAUGGAAACCUUGGUGACUUUGUGCACUCUACUCUCAUUCCUCUUUUCUGCUCAUGCAGAUGUUGUGGGACGCUUCGAGGAUGCACCAGAAUGCAUGAAGUACUUCUAUAAAGAGAAGGUGCCAGAGUGGGGGGCUUCAACACCUGGUGCUGCCCAUCUCUGUCAGCGCUUUGUCAACAGGUACCACUUUGCCACACUGUAUGACACCAACCAUCGUAUUGCUGUCUACUCUGCCUAUCAUUUCCAGCCCAGCAAUGGAGGUGGCAGGGAGAAAAGGUGGUUUGUUGAGCCUCAGCUAGUAGACAUUACGUGGCAAGCAGAGAUGAAGGAUGGAUACUGGCUGGGUAAAGACCACCCUGGGGUCUACCUGGGAGAGAGACAGGCUCUGAAUGAGGACUACACACAUUCUGGCUUCGACCGUGGUCACCUCAACCCCAAUGGACACCAUGCAGGUAAUAGAGGCUGAACAUAGGGGGUUUUUGGAAGAGAGGUCACUAGGCGGCAAUAGCCACUAGGUGUCAUGGCAGCAUGGCCUUAUGUCAUUGCUGAUUGUAGAAGUUCACUUACUUCAUAUAGGGAGCUAAUGUACACCCAAUUAAUACUGA